AUGGUGAACCAGGACCCCACCGACCCCUCCCAUGCCCUCUUUGACCAGUUUGUCCAGACACAGACCUGUAAGGAGGUGCAGCGUACCUUCUCAGAGCUCUGCCACCACCUAGAAGUGGACCCCAGGGACUACCAGAGUUUCUACACCAAGCUCAAGGAGAGGCUCAACUACUGGAAGGCCAAAGCCCUCUGGAUCAAGCUGGACAAGCGGGCCCAACACCAAGAUUACCAGCAGGGCAAAGUCUGUGCCAAAAACAAGGUGUGUAUUUAUUUAUUUAUUCUCAUUUAAACGAAGAAGAGGAAUAAUCAAGAAGUGAUCUAACGUAAAAUACAUGUGUACAAGGACAGUGGCUGUGUGGUGCUCUGUUAGUAGUGCAUCUGUAGUUGUGUUAAGGUUUCAACAUCAGCAUUGUGUAUCUACAGUGGCAGAGUACUGUCAGUGCUUUUGAUACUACUAGCUUACUCGAGAUAGAAGGGAGAGAAAGGAAAAAGCGGAGGGCCCGAUAAGGACAAAAGGCAGAGAGAGCCGCGAAGAGCAGAGAGACGAGAGCGAAGAAAGAGACAAGAGAGAGAGAGCGGACAGGAAAAGAGAGCGAGAGCAGAGAAGAGAAAGAGGGAGAGAGAGAGAGACGAAGAGAGAGAGAAGAGAAAAGAGAUAGAGAAGAGAGAGAGCGAGAGAGACGAGAGAGAGCGAGAGAGAGAGAGAGAGAGAGAGAGAGAGAGAGACGAUGAGAGAGAGAGAGAGAGCAGAGGAGAGAGCAGAGAGAGAGAGAGAGAGAGAGAUAGUAAGGAAGCGAGGAGAGAGAGAGAGCAGAAGAGGAGAGAGAAGGAGAGAGAGCGAGAGAGAAUAGCGAGAGAAUCUAUCUCUAUCGAUCUCGACGAUCUCUAUUUAUAUCUGCAAUCUAUCUCUCUCAUAUCUCUCUCUCUCUAUCUUCUCCUCUCAUAUCUCACUCUCUUCUCUCCUCUCUCUCUCUCUCUCUCUCUCUCUCUCUCUCUCCUCAGUGCCUGGUGCUGGGUGCAGGGCCGUGCGGGCUGAGGACAGCCAUAGAGCUGGCUCUGCUGGGGGCUCAGGUGGUGUUACUGGAGAAGAGGGAUUCUUUCUCCCGGAAUAACGUGCUGCACCUCUGGCCUUACACCAUCUAUGACCUGCGUGGGCUGGCUGCCAAGACGUUCUACGGCAAAUUCUGCACUGGGGCUCUGGAUCACAUCAGUAUGUCUACCAUUGUCAUACUAUAUCAACUCGAUUUCCUGGUGUAAUCAUGCCAAUCAUAUUUCUUUAUUCAUUAUGCAUGACUAAAUCAAACCUCUCUUAUUUAGUUUAUGAUGCUAUUACGGUUCUUUUUUCACAUACAAUGUCUGUGUGUAUGUGUCCGUAUCAUCAGGCAUCAGUCAACUGUUUGAAUUGAAGAGGAUUGUUUUAAUUCCCUGUGUGACAAAUCAUACAUAUUUGUCUGUAUCCUUCAGGCAUCCGUCAGCUCCAGCUGAUACUGCUGAAGGUGUCUCUCCUCCUGGGGGUGGAGGUUCACACUGGGGUGGAAUUCAAAGGCUUUGUGGAGCCCUCAGGAGCCACAGGUACAUCUAGACCUCUCCCCCCUGUUCCCUUCCUGUAUUAGAGAAAUAAAAUACUAGCCAUUUGCAUGGCAGUAAAAGCUUGUAGGGCAGUUGAAAUAAUCUGUCCGGAAUCCUACGUGUGAUAAUAAACCUUAAUGCUAUGCUCUCUCUCUGGUUCCCUCCAUCAGGCUGGAUGGCCAAGCUGUUUCCUGAUGAUCACCCUGCUGGGAAGUUCCAGUUUGAUGUCUUCAUCUCUGCAGGAGGAGGACGCUUCGUCCCUGAUGGUGAGGAGUGAGGACACACUCACACGCUGUCAUCCUGCUGCACAUACUGAACGUACUUUAGACCAGCAUAUUUUCAUAUGACUUCGUCCCUGAUGGUGAGGAGUGAGGACACACUUGGAAAAGAAAGAAUGUAGCCGAACACUCAAGCUCCUAUACAAUUGAUUUGUUAAACGGAAACACUCAAUUAUAUGCACCUGAAUUCAGGCUGCAUGUGCUUGUCCUCAAUAUGCAUGUCUUUCUCCCCAGGCUUCAGGUGGAAGGAGCUGCGAGGAAAGCUGGCCAUCGGCAUCACAUGUAACUUCAUCAACCAUCACUCAGCAGCCGAGGCCCAAGUGCAAGAGAUCAGCGGUGUGGCCCGCAUCUACAACCAGAAGUUCUUCCGGGACCUGCUCACAGAGAAAGGUAGGAUUCUAUUCUAUGACACUGGUUUGGGUCUACUGACUGCCAACCCGUCUACUGGUGGACGCUAAGGUUUCAGCGACCGAGGAUUAGGAUAAAGAAUAAUGCACAGUCUGGGCAUGGUGACAAGUAUGGUGACAGAGAAGGAGUGGACAGUGGAGAGUGCUGUCUUUUAAUCUGUGUCCCUCUUCCUCUUGUCAAUGUCCUUUGAAUUGAUGCUAUCAUGUGUGAUGCAAUUCCCCAAUCCUUCUUCUCUUGUGCUCUAGUGCUGUUUCACUUGUCCUGUCAUUGUCUAGUUCCUAGUUUCUCACUCAUUCAUUUCGCUCUCGAUCCCCCCCUCUCUCUCUCUCUCUCUCUCUCUCUCUCUCUCUCUCUCUCUCUCUCUCUCUCUCUCUCUCUCUCUCUCUCUCUCUCUCUCUCUCUCUCUCUCUCUCUCUCUCCCCCCCCACCCUUCCUCCAGGUAUUGAUCUGGAGAACAUAGUCUACUAUAAAGACGCCACCCACUACUUUGUCAUGACUGCCAAGAAGAAGAGCCUGUUAAAGAUGGGGGUCAUUAAACAGGUGAGGGAAACACAUCCAUUACUAUCAGCAGCAGCAGCUCCACAUUAGGCCUCUAGAGGGCCUUUCACAAUACUGAGACAACCUGGAUCCCAACAUAGUCCUCCCCAGACAGGCUGUUUUUUUUUCCUGCUCUUUGGGAUUAGCUGCUAAUAAACUGUGUUAAUGUAAUUUAUGUCUGUGCAGCAUGGGGUCAGCACUAGGUCUCCCCAGCCAUGCUACUGUGUACACUGCUCACUCUCACUCCCUCUUGUCACACUACAAGUCUGGAGGGACAAAGCCAGAUCCCCUUGUUUUGUCUUCAAUGAUUAGAGCCCAUGCUGACUGUUAUCAAAAUAGAGGCUUUCAUCUGUUAUAGUUCAGUUGCCAAGAUGGGAGAUGUUCUGCUGAGUAACUGUUUAGUAUUUAUGUUGCACUGAAGCUGUAAUCAUUCUAUAUAUUUGCGCAUGAUUAUGGGGGUUGGUUUUUGUGUAAUUCUUGACACUGUUCCAUUUUGUUUAAAGAUGCUGACUCAGUGUCGGCUUGCUUCUUUAUGUGGAGCAUAUAAUGCUUGGCUAGACUACGUGGGAGGAUUAUACCCAUUGUUUUCACAUAAAGCAGCAUCUAGAUUCUAGUCAGUGAUAGACAGCUCUCAGAUGUGUAUCACCACCACCCCAGUGCUUGAAUUAGGCCGGUCUGCAUCAGUAGUACAGAGUAUCAGCUUCUCCAAUUUUCGAUUGCUUGAGUACCGGCACCUCUUUAUAUAAGAACACCAGUACUAUAAAAUUAGAAAAUGAGUACCGGCCCCUAAUAUUAUUACUGGCACCUUUAUCAUUCCACUUCAAGCACUGACCAACCCCAAUGUGUCCCCCAUAGUUCCCCAUAGUAUUUUUGUUCCAUUUAAUUAUAUGGUGUCCCCUCUGUGACCGCCUCCAAUAUAUUCCCUCUUGUCUCCAGGACUUCAGCGAUGCCAAUCAGCUCCUGGCCCAGGCCAACGUGGACCAGGAGGCUUUGUUGCGUUACGCCCACGGCGCUGCCCACUUCUCCACAGGCCACCGCUUGCCCAACAUGCAGUUUGCCCAGAACCAUGCUGGCCAGCCUGACGUGGCCAUGUUUGACUUCACCUGUAUGCACCGUGCUGAGAACGCCUCGCUGGUCAGGGAGAGGAACGGAAAGAAACUACUCAUGGGCCUGGUCGGAGACUGCCUGGUGGAGGUGAGAGGUCAUGUAAAUGUGAUGGAUGACGACCUUGUUCUAAAAUGUCUAACAUGUUCAUGGUUUCUAUAUUCUCACAUACUGUAUAUACAUUCAGUUAUACACACAAUGGUACACUUACUUGUAGUUUAUACACAGUCCUCAGUUAGGAAAUGGAGCAUAAAAUCGUCUCAGGGCAUAACAGUGUCUACUGUUGUCAUACAAUUUCCUGUUGUCAUACAACACUAUUCUAAAAGGGUUUUGAUAGAAAGUGUAUGUGUCCACAGCCAUUCUGGCCUCUGGGAACAGGUAUUGCCCGUGGGUUUCUGGCUGCCUUCGACACAGCAUGGAUGGUGAGGAGCUGGGGCAAGGGAAAACCCCACCUGGAAGUCCUUGCUGAACGGUAACAAAGCUUUUUCUAUAUGAUCAUAAACACCACCUCAAAAAUCAUGUGCCCAUCCCUCUUCAUUGUUACUGUAUAGAAGGGUUACCCUGGCCGGGCCUUUCAGAGAAAACUCUCCAACUGGUAAUACCACUCGAGGCUUUUAACUGUUUUUCACAACAUUCUUUGAACAUCCAUUACAUCACAAGCAGCUGCUUUAAAAAAAGUAUUCCUGAACAAACCCAUCAGAAUCUUCUGUUCCUUUGUUGGAGCAUUUUCUUUUUCAGUUCUAUAUUGAGUUUCUGAGGUAGAAUUGUCUCUAGAAGAUGUCUUUCCCUCUGACUGAAUAGGGAGAGUAUCUACCAGCUCCUGUCCCAGACCACGCCAGAGAACACCAGUAAAAACUACAGUGCCUUUAGCAUAGACCCGGCUACACGCUACCAGCACGUCAACCUCAACUCCAUCAAGGCCAACCAGGUCAGAAACAUAUAAAUAUAAUCUAUUACAUUCUAGUCCUUCUAUUUCUAUGGUCAGCACAGACUCAAAUCUCCACUGAUGCCCGAUUCACACUAUUGGGCCAACCUGAAAGGCACUGUGCUGGCUUGGAUCUUUUCUUUUCAACACGGUUCCAGCAACUAUAGUGGAUGCGUAACCACGCCAGCUCAGUUAAGAUUGGUUCAGGUGGGUUUGAUGGUGUGAAAAGGGUAUAACUGUCUCACUGUAUCAAUGCUAGCAAAGUGAAUAGAUAUUGUGCUGAGUAACAUUGUAUACACGUUUUGAAUUAGAUCAGUGCUGCUCUGCCAUUUUGGGUUGAUAUUUCCUAGAGUGUACAUGCGUUGCCAGGAAACUGCUCUGUGUAUAUGAAGUGUUGAGCCGGCUAGGAAAUGGUUUUUGAUUUCCCCCACUAGAGGAGUAUUGAUCGGAAAGGCUUUAGAGUUUUCACAAACUACCAGAUCAAUUACACUGCAUCAAACCAAACCCCAGCUUCUGCAUUUGAGUACCAGCUUUAUGAAGCUUACUGUGUUCUUAGCCUGGUCCUAGAUCUGUUUGUGCUGUAUAUCCAACUCCUAUUGUCAUUGCUUGACAAUGAUCAUAGGAGUUGGCAAGACAGCACAAACAUAUCUGGGACCAGGCUACUGUGUUCUGCCUCUAGUGUAAAAUUCAACUCAAAAUCAAGUGCUAUGUUGUUUAUCAUGAUUCUCUCUCUUUGCAUGCAUUCCAAAGUUGCAACAUCUGUAUGAUGUUGAAGACCGUAUUGAUUCAGGCCGACCAACCAAGAAGCAGAAAGGCGGGUUGUCUCACCUGCGACAAGGUUAGUCUAGCUUCACUUUACUAAAGCAGUAAUACAUGAGGGGAGCAUGGGCAUGAUUAAUAUUUGUUUAUGCUCGACUGUGCUGGGCAAUUCCAUGGUAACGGAAUUACACUUUGACUCAGUUUCUUCACUUUAUAUGUAUGCUAAACAAAAACCAUUGAUCUUAAAGUUUGACAAACUGUACAACUCUAUGCACAAGGACUACUUUUAACCAUUUCCACUGGAGAAUUUAGAAAAAAUAACUUAGUGGAAGAACUGUGCGGAUGCAAACUUUGGUAACAGAUUUACAGAAUUUUCCAAAAACUCUGUUAAAUAUGUGCUCUGAAUUAAGAUUCAAAAAUGUCUGCAGAAAGAAUGGGGUGUCAGCUAUGACAUGGCACCUUGAAUUUGAAAAAAAUCUAUUUUGGUUAUUGAAUUACAAGUGGAUUUACAGUUGUGGUCAAAAGUUUUGAGAAUGACACAAAUACUAAUUUUCACAAAGUCUGCUGCCUCAGUUUUGAUGAUGGCAAUUUGCAUAUACUCCAGAAUGUCAUGAAGAGUGAUCAGAUGAAUUGCAAUUAAUUGCAAAGUCCCUCUUUGCCAUGAAAAUGAACUUAAUCCCCAAAAAACAUUUCCACUGCAUUUCAGCCCUACCACAAAAGGACCAGCUGCCAUCAUGUCAGUGAUUCUCUCGUUAACACAGGUGACAGUGUUGACGAGGACAAGGCUGGAAAUCACUCUGUCAUGCUGAUUGAGUUAGAAUAAUAAUAAUAAUAAUAUGCCAUUUAGCAGAUGCUUUUAUCCAAAGCGAAUUACAGUCAUGUGCGCAUACAUUUUUACGUAUGGGUGGUCCCGGGGAUCGAACCCACUACCCUGGCGUUACAAGUGCCAUGCUCUACCAAUUGAGCUACAGAGGACCACUGUCUGAGUCUGGAAAGACUGGAAGCUUUAAAAUGAAGGUGGUGCUUGAAAUCAUUGUUCUUCCUCUGUUAACCAUGGUUACCUGCAAGGAAACACGUGCCGUCAUCAUUGCUUUGCACAAAAAGGGCUUCACAGGCAAGGAUAUUGCUGCUAGUAAGAUUGCACCUAAAUCAACCAUUUAUCGGAUCAUCAAGAACUUCAAGGAGAGAGGUUCAAUUGUUGUGAAGAAGGCGUCAGGGCGCCCAAGAAGGUCCUGCAAGCGGCAGGACCGUCUCCUAAUGUUGAUUCAGCUGCGGGAUCGGGGCACCACCAGCGCAGAGCUUGCUCAGGAAUGGCACCAGGCAGGUGUGAGUGCAUCUGUAUGCACAGUGAGGCGAAUACUUUUGGAGGAUGACCUGGUGUCAAGAAGGGCAGCAAAGAAGCCACUUCUCUCCAGGAAAAACAUCAGGGACAGACUGAUAUUCUGCAAAAGGUACAGGGAUUGGACUGCUGAGGACUGGGGUAAAGUCAUUUUCUCUGAUGAAUCCCCUUUCCGAUUGUUUGGGGCAUCCGGAAAACACAUUGUCCGGAGAAGACAAGGUGAGCGCUACCAUCAGUCCUGUGUCAUGCCAACAGUAAAGCAUCCUGAGACCAUUCAUGUGUGGGGUUGCUUCUCAGCCAAGGGAGUGGGCUCACUCACAAUUUUGCCUAAGAACACAGCCAUGAAUAAAGAAUGGUAUCAACACAUCCUCCGAGAGCAACUUCUCCCAACCAUCCAAGAACAGUUUGGUGACGACCAAUGCCUUUUCCAGCAUGAUGGAGCACCUUGCCAUAAGACAAAAGUGAUAACUAAUUGGCUCGGGGAACAAAACAUCGACAUUUUGGGUCCAUGGCGAGUUAACUCCCCAGACCUUAAUCCCAUUGAGAACUUGUGGUCGAUCCUCAAGAGGCGGGUGGACAAACAAAAUCCCACAAAUUCUGACAAACUCCAAGCAUUGAUUAUGCAAGAAUGGGCUGCCAUCAGUCAGGAUGUGGCCCAGAAGUUAAUUGACAGCAUGCCAGGGCGGAUUGCAGAGGUCUUGAAAAAGAAGGGUCAACACUGCAAAUAUUGACUCUUUGCAUAAACUUAAUGUAAUUGUUAAUAAAAGCCUUUGACACUUAUGGAAUGCUUGUAAUUAUACUUCAGUAUACCAUAGUAACAUCUGACAAAAAUAUCUCAUAACACUGAAGCAGCGAACUUUGUGAAGACCAAUACUUGUGUCAUUCUCAAAAUUUUUGACCACGACUGUACAUCGGGUAAUGGAAUUACAGUAACGGAAUUACAUCAAGGGUCCCUGAUCUGUACUACACAGAUGCAUAAUUAUGGCUCUGAAUGUAAUUCUCGUCAUGUUUCACAAGUUUGGAAAUCACAGCGCAGCACAGCAGAGCACUGUCCAGAGUCAGACUGUUUUAACACUCCAGACCAGUCAACAGAAAGACAAAGAAAAGAGUUCUGAGCUGAACAGAACAGUAUGCCAGUGGAAGGGAGGACAGAAGCAGGUGACCCAACUGUGGUUUGUGACUGUUAUGUUUUCCCAUUGUUGCAGUAAUUCCGUUACUGAUUUUUUUGGGGUAAUUCUGUAAUGGAAUUACAAGUUUUAAAGCUGCAAUAUGUAACUUUUUGGGCGACCUGACCAAAUACACAUAGACAUGUGAGUUAUAGCUCUGUCAUUCUCAUUGAAAGCAUGUCUAAGAAGCGGUAGAUCUGUUCUAUGUGCGUUUUUGCUAUGCUUCCGGUUCUUAAGUUUCGUUUUUGCCGUCUUUUACGUUCAGGUUUGUACACAAGCUUCAAACAGCUGAAAAUACAAUAUUUUUGGUUAUGGAAAAUAUAUUUCACAGUGGUUUAGAUCAGGGGUGUCAAACUCAUUUUAGCUCAGGGGCCACAUGGAGGAAAAUCUAUUCCCAAGUGGGCCGGACCGGAAAAAUCAUGGUGUGUAUAUAUAACUUAAAAACAACAACUUCAGAUUGUUUUCUUUGUUUUAAUACGAUCAACAUACAACAUAAAGCUGGAGCCUGAGGACAGUGUAUCCAAAAUAGUACAAGCACAACAUCACUAUUAAUCAUAAAACACGUCAAGUUUAUUUGAAAAUUCUAAAGAAAAAGAACACACAAUGCCUCAGUGAUUAACAGAACUGUUUCACAGAUCACAGAACUAUAUCAGGGUUUCAUUUCUCAGGCAGAAAUGUAGAUAAAAAUAAUGAAAUCCUGUUCCCCAAACAAGUGCAAGAACCACAGAGUCAAGAAUAGGUUAAAUAUACAAAUAAAAUAAAAUAAAUUAAAAACAAUAGCACAUCAACAUAAAAACAUAUAAACAUAAAUCUGAAAGCGUUGCUCAAACUCCCGUAACAGUCCCGUUAUUUUAUCUUUGAACCGCUUCAUGUCUGCCACAUGUUGGGUCGCGCACACAUUUUUCAGACAGGGGAAGUGAGCUGCAUCACCACCGGCAAGUUGCGUCUCCCACAAUGACCGCUUCAACUUGAAAGAACGUAUGCUGUCAUAAUACUGCGUGACAACUUUGUUGCGCCAUUGCAGCUGUUUGUUCAAGUUAUUCAGGUGUUCUGUAACAUCCACCAUAAAUGCAAGAUCCUGCAUCCAUUCUGCGGAAUGAAAUUCUAACACUGGUUUGCCCUCAGCACAGCACCUCGGCUUAACCAUCUUACCUCAGUGUGGUAUGGCAGGCCAUAGAUGUGGUCUUUCUCUCUGAGAAGGCUGUCAAACUGACGGUGAUUCAGGCUUCUGGAUCGGAUGAAAUUAACAGUUUGGAUGACCACCUUCAUGACGUUAUCCAUCUUUAAUGACUUGCAACACAAAGCCUCCUGGUGCAAAAUACAGUGAAAAGUCAAAUCACGUCCUCCAUUUGCAGAUUGCACUUUCUCUCUGAACUUUGUCACAACGCCUGCUUUUUUCCAGAUCAUUGAGGGCGCACCAUCUGUAGCCAGGCUGACAGCGCGGGACCAGUCCACUCCGACCCUGUCCAGGGCGCCGACGAGUGCGGUAAAAAUAUCAGCUGCUGUCGUUGUAUCUGUCAUCGGCACCAACUCCACGAACUCCUCGGUGACGGUCAAUGUGUCAUCAACUCCGCGGAUGAAAAUGGCCAGUUGUGCAACAUCUGUAAUGUCCGUGCUUUCAUCAAUUGCAACCGAAAACGCAAUAAAUGACUUUACUUUUUGCUUCAACUGGCUGUCCAAAUCCACUGAAAGAUCGGAAAUCCUGUCUGCAACUGUGUUUCUUGUCAGGCUGAUAUUUACAAAAGCCUGCCGCUUUUCAGGGCACACAAUCUCCGCUGCCUUCAUCAUGCAUGUUUUUACAAAUUCACCCUCACUAAAUGGUUUUGAAGCCACUGCGAUUUCAUUAGCAAUGAGGUAGCUAGCUUUCACUGCAGCGUCACUGAUGUCUCGGCUGUGAGUAAACACAGACUGCUGUUUCUUCAGACUCGCCAACAGUUCAUUCACCUUCUCUCAUCUCCGCUGUCCUUGAAAGUUGUCAUAUUUGUCGGCAUGAAGACUCACAUAGUGGCGACGAAGGUUAUUCUUUCAGCACUGCAACAUGCUCUGAACACACCAAACAUACAGCUUUCCCAUUCAAUUCCGUGAAUAAAUAGGAUGACCAUUUUUCUUGGAACACUCUGCACUCUGCGUCCACUUUUCUCUUUUUUGACAGAGACAUAUUGGGGCAAUGAGGGUGCCAAAGCACAUAAUGUUAAAAGUAGAAGCCGUAAUAAAUAUCGCGGGCAAAACAAAGUAGCUCAUUGGCUGCACGUGCUUGACCUACUUGCUCUGCCCCGGUAUAAACAGUUUGCUUGCUUAACACAAUUGCUAUUGCGCCAUCCAGUGGACGCAAUUGGAACAGCAGUUUAUUUUAUUGAAAAAUUGCAGCGCAUUUUAUACUUUACAAUGUUUUUUUUGUUUGUUUUUUAUCAUCUCGCGGGCCGGAUUAAACCCGUUUGCGGGCCUGAUCCGGCCCGCGGGCCGGACGUUUGACACCCCUGGUUUAGAUUUUACAUUUACAUUUUAGUCAUUUAGCAGACGCUCUUAUCCAGAGCGACUUACAGUUAGCACAUACAUUAUUUUAUCGAACCCACAACCCUGGCGUUGCAAACGCCAUGCUCUACCAACUGAGCUACAUCCCCUGCCGGCCAUUCCCUCCCCUACCCUGGACGACGCUGGGCCAAUUGUGCGCCGCCCUAUACUUGCUUGUUUUGUCACUAAACUGAAAUUAGGCGAACUAUUACAAUUUUAACAACCAGGAAAUGGCGGAGCGAUUUCCGCAUAGUGCAUCUUUAAUCACUUUUUUUUUUUUUUUUUUUUGUCAUUUAGCAGACGCUCUUAUCCAGAGCGACUUACAGUUAGUGAGUGCAUACAUUUUUUUCACACUUAAUAAUUCAUAAACAAAAUAGAUUUCAGUAAAAUCACUAUAACUAAUUGGUAUGUCUACCAUUACUUGUUACUUAUGUUACCUUCAUUAUCCUCCCUCCUUAUAAGGGAGAGAAAUUAGAAAAUAUUUUAAAGAUAUGUGGGUUUUUGGUAACAAGGCACAAGGCAAUAUUUCUUAAACUUAGAGAAGGUAAGCAAUUUCUCCAAAAUGAAAUACGUGUUGAUUUUAGUUGGCAGUGGUCUUUACGUCAACAUGAUUGUGUUUUGAUGUAUUUAUGAUGCCUUUUAAGACUUUUUCUGGUAGAUGUUUUCUAAGACUGGUUGAAAAAUGUAUCUAUGCCUUCAUUUCCCAAAAAUAUGGACUCCUAGCUUUCAUUUGACACCCAAUUUGAUAUGCUCCUAUGAACUUCACAUGUUAAUGCUAUUGAUCCUUUUCGAUGAAAAUGACCUGCUGCAAUCAUAGGCACGAAACACUAGCCGAGCCUUUAACCCAUUAAUAUGUGUCUCAUUAUCAUCAAAAUGGCUGUGACAUUUCUGUUGCAUCCUUAGAUGCCCGACUCAGAAUGUAAACAAGUCUGUGUAUCUAUCAUAACAUUCUUUCAAUGCCUGCCUUGAUGCAAUAUCGCUAUGUUUCAUGGCACAGACCAGGCAAGACCCUGAACAUGACCAUGUCCAUGUUUGAACAUCCACAGUAACAUACCUCUUAGAAUGAAGAAAGCAAUGUAGGCCUAUUGAGCAUGCAUUCUAAGUCAUAAUGCAGUGUUCUUAUGUGUGUUCAUGGCCCAGAUUCGGUUGGAGCUUUUGAGGAGCUGUUGAAGUGGUGUCAGCAGCACACGGCAGGGUACGACAGGGUGAAGGUGAAGGAUCUGACCCAGUCCUGGAGGUCUGGCCUGGCCUUGUGUGCCCUCAUCAACACCUUCAAACCCCAUCUUAUGUGAGUCUGUGGGCUUUAUAAGGGGGAAAUUCAACUUAUACACCACAAAUGUAGCAAAUGCACAAGUAGUACCACAGAAGGAAAGAUGUACCCAUGAGUCUACAGUAAAAUGUCCUUGGUCUGAGGGGCUUUUCCUGUUCAAGUUAUUCCAUUUCCAUGGUACUACCUGUCCAAUAAGAAAGCAAACGUCAAUUUUCUGUUACAAAAUGUUUUGCUAUGGUGUGCCCUAUUGAACAUGGCCCUGGUCAACAUAGUAACUAUCCCUCACCUGUCCCUCCAGUGACAUGUCCUCUCUGAAUGAGUCUGAUUCAGUCCACAACAACCAGCUGGCCUUCAGCCUCCUGGAGAGAGAGCUGGGCAUCCCUCCCAUCAUGUCAGCCAGUGACAUGGCCACCAAGGAACAGAUAGACAAGCUCUCCAUGGUGCUCUACCUCACUCAGAUCCAUGAUGCCUUCAACGAAAGGACGCCCACUAAAGGUAAGCAUCAGGGCAAUGGUUGUCAGACAUGUUACAUAAUUAUCACCGUGAUUGUUUGUUUUAUUACUUGUAGCCUCGACUCCAGCCAUCUUGAACAAGAAAGUGGUGUUGAGGUCUGCUAUCACGAGACUAGAUUAUGUAUAUUUAUAGACUGUUAUGUUACUGUGACAUCAUUAUGCAUAGUUGUAUUAAUUACAUAAAGGUGCUUUUAGUGUGCUUCAUUUCUAAAAAUGCUUUACCAAAUUUCAGCAGAGUUUUCAAUAUUAACCAUAUCACCAUAGCCAACUAUUAGUGGAAACAAUGGAAUCUGGCCUAAGUCUGUUUAGACAGUGCAUAGCUUAUGUAACCCCCAUUUGUACAUCCUUGGGCCCAGGUGUUUUUCCCUAUGAAAUGUGUUUGGCGUUGAUAAGAAGGGAGAGGGCUGUCAUUGUCCCUUUAAGAGCAUUACCCAGCAUUCCUCUGGUUAGAGUAGCUGGGCUGUGCUCAUAACCAGCCCUGAUUGACAGUCAGGGUUGUACUGCUCUCUUGCACUCAGUCCGUAAGCCAGGCAGCAGUCAAAGCAAACCGCACAGCAGCCCGUGAGGAAAUGGCUUAUCAGGCUUGGGUAGGACUAGCCUCGGCGUCAUCUAAAAUAUAUCGAAUGUUCCUGCUUUGAGGAAGAAGGAUUUUCCCCAUCUAUUUUUGCUGCCGUAAGGUAUUUCUGGAAAAAUACUAGCAGAGUGUGUAGCAGGGAUUUUCAGUUGGGAUCCAGCAUUUGGAAGCAGUUUUAGAGAGAGGGUGUGACAUGCUUGUCGCUGUGAUGCCGUAGGUAGCAUAGCUCACUGUAGGGGGAUCGGCUGGCUGGCUGGCACACAGAUGCGCAUGCAUGAGGGACAUGUCCUGUCUGUCACCGGGGGCUUGCACAGGAGUUUUCUCAGGGGGAUUGACAAAUUGAAUUGAAUUACAUCUUCUACAAAGCUUGUUUUCAACAGCAGUGUAGAGAAGCUGGAUGUGUAAUAUAUAAUGAAUGACAGGAUUUUUACAUAAGAGAGAUUGGUAGAGAAAAAGCCAGAACACAUUGUUUAUGUACAAGAAGCUGUACACAUUUUAAAAUGCAGGUUUUCUGCUGUGGGGGGCUCAGACAACACAGUGGGUUAGUUGGGUGCCUGUGAAACGUGUUUGUUGUUCUGGCAGAACAGGAACAGUAGGAAACUAAAGCUGGAGUGUGUUUGUGUCUCUCUCUGCUGCAGAACCUCCGAGCCUUCUCCUGACGCCGUCCAAGACCCUGUCUUUUCAGGCUGUUUUCUUCCUCAACAAGCUCAAGCACAACUCUCUGCAGAGACGCAAGGUAAGGCUCAGGCAAUCAGCUACAUGUUGUCACUGGGACUAGUUAGCUGUUUACGCAAUACAGUAUCAGGUAGAGCGCGAUAAUAUUUAUGCAAAAACAUUUGUCUGUUGGGUAAAAUGGAGAGUAGGCCAACCUCAAGUUCACAUGGACUGUCAUCAUUUUUCAUGCAACUCCCUGCUGUCGUUGACUAUUUACUUACAGUAAUAUCAGAGUUCUCUAGAUAAGAACCUUGAAUUCACAUGCCCAGCCAUUUUGGUUUGCUUCUUGUGAUUAUGCUUCGAUUCAUUCAUUGUCUACAGUUACAAUAUGUGUUUUAAUCAUCAUUUGAUUGUGUUCGUUCCUUAUUAUAACUAAGACCAUACUACAGAACACUUACAAUAUAUUUUUUUAACCUUUGUUGGCUUGUUCCAAAAUCAACUGUAAUAGCAAAGACACUUUUCAAUCAUUUAAGGUAAUAUCUAAAGCAUUGUUCAUUUUGACAUCAUCCAUUAUUCAGUUGCAUAAUGGAAACCAUAAACAGGUCACAUGACUGUUUUCUCUUUUACACAGGAGAGACUGGCAGUCGAGACAGAAGAUAAAGCUAAAAGGAUGGGAGAUGAGGAAGAUGUGAGUGGUGUCUAGAAUACAAAUGCUAUCCUCAUUACCAUAGGCUCCCAUGCAGAGCUAACCUUUUGCUGUAUGAUGGAUGUAUCUGCAGACUUCAGGACUACUCCAACUGCUAUUCGAUUCAAUGUUUACGUGCUAUGCUAUUGAACUACUAAUAUCACUGGCGGUUGUUCCUCUCUUUGAUUACUACUGGGGUAUAGCACCCAGGGUACAGACCAUUGUAAGAGUUGUUGAACACACCAGAUUUGUCAUUUUUAAUCGUUCCUCUUUCUUUGGCCUUCAGGACUAUUCCCUAUUGUUACACCAUAAGUACAUGUUUUUGUGCUAAGUUAUUGAAGUACUGUUAAAAUAUGACUGUUGAUCUCAAUUUCUUUGCUCUCAGCCUGUAGCCCCUGUCUCAGCCCCUGAGGUGACCCCUGAACUAAGCCCGACGUCAGGCAUCGGCAGCAAUGAGGAGUGUUACUUCUGUGGCCAGCGGGUCUAUGUGCUGGAGAGGAUCAGCACUGAGGGCAAGUUCUUCCACCGUAGCUGCUUCACCUGCCAGCAGUGCGGCACCACCCUUAGACUGGGCAGAUAUACCUUUAGCCAGAACACGGGUGAGUGAGCAUUACCGCUUCUACCGCUGAGUGCCAGUCUGUUUGUGCUAACAUGUUAACUUAGCAUGCCAACGAGUGGCAAGGAGUUGACCUGAUAGCAUAGACUGGCACUCAGUCUAGUGGGAAAUCUGCUGGGUCCUAAUGAGCCCUUUUGAAUCUUUUACAAGCACAACAUCAUGUUACUAUGCAAGUGGGACUUCCAUGGUCAUUAUGUACUCAAUUAUGGAAAAUAUUCUCUCUGAAAUGUUCUGCCUUCUGAAAUAUUGGCUGCUCACAAAGACACAGCAAGUUACUCGCUGUUUGGACAAUACAGAAACAGAAUAUCGUUAUUUCUAGUGCAACAGCUUCCGUACCUGUAGUAAGGUAAAUCCUCCAAGGCAAGGAACCUACAUCCGGAUGAUAAAUACAGCACAGUUUAAUUUAUUUAUGCACCGUAUGAAAAAUGAAUGAAAGAUGCCCUUUUACGUGUUUUGUGGUUCAUGUGAAAAGGAGAAUGGGAGAAAGGGUUGUCAAGUAGCAUCUCAAACAUGUGCCAGAUCCAGACUCUGCAAGCUGUUGUUUUCCCUCUUGUGCCCUCAGGGAAGUUCUACUGUGAGCUGCACUCUGAACAGCUAGAGAUGGAGAACAGGGAACCAUCCCCAUCCGUUAAGGUGGGGUCUCUGUUCUGAGUUUGAGCAGAUGGGAAAUUAAACCAUUCUGUUGCAUACCAUGUUGCCAGCUUGUGGCUCAACUUAUCUGUACAGAACAAUUAAGGACAGCUAGUGGGUAUAAGUAGUACAUUGGUGUUGAGUCACAAGAUCUGUUCAUUUCAAACAUGGCUGUGUACCAUAACCAUUCAUUUAUAGAUGAAUGUUUAAUCACAUGAUACAAUGCUUAUGCUACAAUCCUCCUUUCAUUUUUUCCCUUCUAGGAUACCAUAGGAGAUCACGAGGAGGAGAAGAGAGGUGUGAAUUCGAUCUCCAGUGAAGACCACUCACCUUGUCCCUCUGAGGACAACGAGUACGAUCUAGACUCUGGUCCUCCUAAACCCACGGAGCCUCUGCAUCCUCAGAGUCAGGAAGACCCCAGCAGCAAACAUCCUAACCCUGUAGAGGAGCCCCCGGUCCCACCAAAACCGCCUAUACACGUUUUCACAAAGAAAGGGUUUGAGGCCUGUGAGGUGGAGGAAGAGUGGAAGGAGAGGGGUGAGGAUGCCCCCUCGGAUCCUCUGACCCCUGUCCCAAAACCUCGCCACUCUCGCUCGGACAUCCCUCAGGCCUCCCCUCCUGUAGCCAAACCACGCACUGUCCUCCUCACCCCAAAAAGGGACACGUCACCAGCCUAUGCAGGAGAGAAGGGGUCCCCCAGGGCAGCAGGAGAGAAAGGGACCCCCAAGGCAGCCCCAGCCCCUGACUCCAGGCCGAAGCCGUCCCUGCGGAAGUUGCAGCUGACCGACGAGGAGAAGAACCACCUGGUUAACUUGAGCUUCAGCCUGGACUCUGACUCGGAGACACCCGGUUCUUCCUCCUGCUCCUCUUCCUCAGCCACAGCAGCGGGUCCCUGCCCACCCAAACCCCCAGGUAUCCUUAUUCUCUUUCAUUGUCUUUUCUUUGUUUUGUCUCUUCUAUUGUGUUUUUAUUGUAAAAGUGUUGCGAUUGAAUAUACCACUUUUUUGAGGUAUGAUAAAAAUUAAAAAAAAAUGGCCCAGUAGGAAGCUUGAAGGGUUUAAUCAAGUUUGAUUUGAGGUGCAGACGCCCAGGAGGAGGAGGGCUACUGGAGUGGGGGCCCUGGGCCGGGGGGACACAUACGGGAGCACAGGAACCGCCGCUGCUUCAGGAGGAAAGACGAACCAGCGGGGCUCCAGGGCCAGCACGCCAGGGUCCGCUCCAAGUUCUCCCCCUGGAACCUGUCCUCCCCUCGGCUGGGGAGGGACCACCGCUUCAGCGUCCUCAACAGCCACCCAGGUAUAGACCCUAGUGUGGUGUGGAUUUACUGUCUCGGCCAUAGAGAUCAUAUUAAAUUACUAGAGGGGCUAUGUCAUAAAACCUCAAAGUUCCAGAACGGGGUGAAAAUGGCAGCCACUUUGGUCAGGGAAAAAUCCAAACCAGUCUAAUUGGAAUGAAUGGCAGUAGAGGCAUAAUCCUGAUUUUACUUAUUCAGGAAAAUAAAAGUAAGGCAUGUGAUAUCUGAAAUUGUGUAAUAGAAUUAUUGUCAUCCUAAAAUAUUGUCAUAUAAUUAUAAAUAGUUUAUAUGGAUUUUAUACAAAUGCUCUGUAUAUAUGUGUUUUCUUGGAAAGCUGCUACUUUUUGCAUUUACAACUUGUCUAAGUCCUAUUAUCAACUGAUUUCAGACAGUGUAUGGCUGUGGAUUGACUGCAUUGUUUGAAUGGAAUGUUGGCAGUUAAUUAAACAAUUUAUUAAUGGAAUCAUUCCUCAAAACUGUCUGGCUAGCUAGCUAACAAACAUACAGUGCAGAUACAUUCAUUAUUUUACACUAUCUUAUCACUGCAUUGGCAAACCAUGGUUGAUCAACUCCCUGACCAAAAUGUCUGACCUUUAUCCCAUCAUAAGAAGGUUCAUGUCCAUUCUAGUAUUCUAAUUCCUAAUUCUAUGGCCUCAUUGGCCACAUUAUCUUUAUACCUGUCAAUCAAUAAAAUAUGUAUUUAUAUUGCAAACAGCAGUUGUUAAUACCCAUGUCCUUCAUAUCUAUUCUGAAUUAAUAAUUGUAUUUCUUUAACUUCACAGAAGUACACUAUGGCCACAGUGUAUCUGAGGAAGAUGGUGGUGGUGAUGAUGAUGAUGAUGAUGAGGAUGAGUUGGAUAUGUUUGCACCAGAUGGCUUGGAUUUAUAUGAUGAUAAGGUAAGGAGUGUGACUUAUCUGGCUGGCAUAUUAAGUCCAUAGAUAUUGCACACACACACACACACACACACACACACACACACACACACACACACACUCUCUUGUCUAGUUCCAGACCAUCCCUUCAGACCCUGUAGAGGCUGAAAAACUGGAGCUGUUGAAGAUGAGGGCGUUGGAUCGACGGGCCAAGACGUGUGAGAUGCAGCGCUUCCACAAUGCACAGGUCAGUUCACUGUACUGUGAUUUGCCAGUAAAGCACAGGAUUGUGUUUUACAAGAGAUAAAACAUUUAUUGUUGCAAAAGGUUUUGCUCUGGUGCACCCUACUGAAUACUGCACAGGGCAGUUCACUGUCUGAACACAGGACAGUCUGCUGAAGCCAGAUCGAACAGCUCUACUUUCGGAUGGUUAGUCUAACACUGGACCUGCCAGUAUUGAGUCUUCCUGCUUGUCCAGUGUUCUCUGCUAUAAAGCUCAUCUUAUUGUCUGCUUGUGACCCCCAGUCUAUUCAGAGGCGCCUGGAGGAGAUUGAGGUGACGUUUAAAGAGCUGGAGGAUAAAGGUGUGGUGCUGGAGCAGGUACUCCGAGGAGAGGAAGGUGAGACCCCACCCCAACACUUUCGUUUGCUGUAGCUAACCAUAACACAGUACUUUGAACAUAGCUUGUCCUGAACAACAAAGAUUUGCCUUCAUCUUUUAUCCUGUGAUGCUUUGAUGGAGGUCCGUAGAGUGAAAUAUUGGCAUUUGGCAAGCUUUGGCAAGGAAUAUGCAGCGGGAACUUCUUGAGUCUCUUUCACCCUCCCCCCAUCAUAUCUUCUCAUUCUCCCCCAGGCAGUGGAGGUUCCCCUGAGAUGAUCGACCAGUGGAUCCAUCUGGUCCACCAGAAGAACGCCUUGGUCUCUGAGGAGUCAGACCUAAUGGUGGCGUGAGUGUAGAAUUAGUUUUACCAUACAUUUCCAUACAUUAUACAGAGUAUAGUGUUCUUGUGUGGUGAGUUCCUAGCUGAAGUAGCCAGUGGGGGACAGAGAAGCAGACUUCACACUCCUGACAGAGUUGUUAUUGUGUUCUUCAACAUAGUUGUACCCUUGUUUUGCCAUGUUGACUCAUGAGCUGAGUGUGAGCUGUGGGAGUUUCCCUUAACUGCAACUAAGGCCCUAUUGAAUGAAACCAGCCACUUCUAUUCAACUGUCUUCUGUUUCCUCCUUUCCUCUGCCCAUCAGGUCUCGACAGCUGGAGUUGGAGGACAAACAGAGCAUGCUGGAGAUGGAUCUCAGACGAUACAUGGAGCUGGAUGGUAUGUUACUCUACAAAAAGACUGGAUCGUUGCAUUUGUAUCACUGAUAGCAUAGUUAUAAGAUCACUUAGUAGGAGGUCUCCUGUGCAAAGUUUGUGUGUGUGAAAUCCUCUUAUCGUGUCCACCCCAGACUCUGCGAAGACGGCGGAGCAGCAGGCAGAAGAGGACCGUGUGCUACAGGAGAUGCUGGAGGUGGUGGACAUGAGGAACUCUCUGGUGGCCUUCCUGGACGAGAAGCGACUCCAGGAGAUCGAGAGUGACAAGCAGCAGGCCACCUCGCUACUAGAGGCCAAGAGACACUCCACAGCCUCAGCAGGGGCACAGGUGCACUGGGCAUGA